AUGCAAAACCCGUCCUCCACGCCACUCGCGGACAUCAUCGCGUCCCUCCCGGUCCUGCAUUGCGAACAACACCAGGCCCUGCUGGACUUGAGGACCGACCAGAAAAGGCGGUUCCAGGCCAUCGUACAAGCCCAGCAGGAGGACCGCGAGAGGAUCCGGAGCUGGAUCGACCAGGAGGUACCCGCCGAGGCCACCGGGCCGCCCACAGUCCCGGUGCAUCUGCCAAUGCACAAGAUGGGGCCCCAGGACGAUCCGGAAGCGUUCCUGGAGCUCUUCCAGAAGUCGGCGGAAGCCUGCCGGUGGCCCCGCGAACAGUGGCCGGUGCGCCUCAUCCCCCUGCUCUCGGACGAGGCCCAGGUGGCCGCGCAACAGCUCUUGGUGGCGAACCUCCUGGUCUUCGACGACCUGAAGAGGGCCAUCAUCCAGCGGGUCGGCCGGAGCCCCGAGCAACAUCGCCAGCGCUUCCGAUCCCUGGACUUGGGGGAAGCCGGUCGGCCCUUCGCGAUGGACCAACAGCUCCGGGACUCCUGCCGCAAGUGGCUACUGGCCGAGGGAAGUGACGUGGAGCACGUCAUCGACCUGGUGGUGCUGGAGCAGUUCAUCGCUCGGCUGCCAAAGAAGACUGCCGAAAUCCAACAGUAACUGGGCGAGCCCGAUAGUUUUGGUUCCGAAAACGGACGGCUCAGUCCGUUUCUGUGUGGAUUACCGCAAGGUGAAUGCUGUGUCGAAAUUUGACGCGUAUCCAAUGUCGCGGGUUGACGAGUUGCUUGAUCGGCUCGGCACGGCUCGUUUUUAUUCGACAUUGGACCUAAGAAAGGGAUAUUGGCAGAUCCCCUUGUCUCCUUUAUCCAAAGAAAAGACAGCUUUCACAACGCCGUUUGGUUUACACCAAUUUGUUACCCUUCCGUUCGGGUUGUUCGGGGGCCCCAGCCACCUUUCAGCGGCUCAUGGACAAGA